GCAGGGCUGCGUGGCGGGCACACUUGGCGAGCCUAGCGUGACUACGCAGGGGGCUGCAGUGCGGGGCGGGCGGAGAAAGUCGCUCGUAAACGGGAUGUUAGCGUCACUGGAUUACAGCCAAUCAAUGUUUGCGUUACCAUUGGACGUCGUAGGCACUACUUGCUGUGAAGCUCUUAGGGAAAGAAACUUUUGGUCCCAGGGAGAGACGUUGCUACCGUUGCACGACUGGAAGUGCAAAGCUGUGGAGUUUGUUGCCGUGCAUUGGAGUACUAAUGGAAUAAAGUCGAGGAUAACUGUCUCUUGAUGUGUGUGUUGGAUGGAUGUGCAUCAGCACUAUUAGCGUCAGCUCCACAAAUGGUUGUUCUUGGAAUGUCUGAUUUUGCUGUAAUUAGGAAGAGAUUAGCUUGAACACAUAUACGAAGACUGUCUCAAUAGACAAAUCUUCUUAAGCUAUCCUGGAAAGUGUCAUAGCUAGCCAUGUGAACUGAUGUUACACAGGGUAAUGUGCUAGGGGAGUUAUGUAAAAAAGUGAAGUAGAGACGUAAUGCAGAGGAUGGCAUAUGUGGGCUCAUUAGCAGGAGAUGGUGACUAUUCAGCAGUCAUCUUUCAAGAAAGCCAGUUUGUUUAGCCAGUUUGUUAGUGAGGCUGAAGAUCCAGAGUAAAUGUGUUGUGUUCUUGCAGAUUUUUUCUAGACAAUUACUUUCUCCACAUCUUCCUCAGAUGAAUGAAGAAAGCCCAAGUCAGCUGUUUAGUCUGAUUGUGUAAAAUGAGGACUCUUUUUUUUUUUUUUUUCUUAGACCUUUUCUACUGUUUCAAGCUUUUAACUCUUGAUUUGCUGAUUCUUACCCAUUUCAGAUAUGAGAUCUGUAAUUCACACUAUGCUGGGAGUACUACGUUACUGCAAUUGUGAGCUUCUUACUAACCUAAUUCUCUUGUACAGCUGAACGAGUUAGUGGUAGGAGACACCAAUGGGAAACUCUAUGUGUACAAAAAUGAUGACAGCAAACCCUGGACAGUACGAUCCUGCCAAGGAAUGCUUACAUGUGUUGGUGUGGGAGAUGUAUGCAAUAAAGGAAAGGUGAGAGCAUUCAAACUCCCCCCAUCUUUGUCUGUAGGACAAAUGGGAAGUGCUUAGGAGAUUUAGCUCAUGUCUGUCAAAGAGUGUGGACGAGAACAGAUGAAUCUUGUAGUGGCAGUGAGUGCAGAAGGUUGGUUUCAUCUUUUUGAUCUGACUUCCCCUUCAAAACACCCAGAUGCUUCAGGCCACCAUGAACUAGCAGAAGAGCAGAAGCUAGUGUUCAAGCAACAUAUUCCUGCCAACACCAAAGUCAUGCUAAUCAGUGACAUAGAUGGAGAUGGGAAGUGUGAGCUGGUGGUAGGUUACACUGAUAGAGUGGUGCGUGCCUUCCGCUGGGAGGACUUGUCGGAGAAUUCAGACCAUCUCUGUGGGCAGCUGAUCCUGCUGAAGAAAUGGUUGCUGGAAGGUCAGGUGGAUAGCCUUUCUGUGAACCCAGGCCCUGAUGGCUUACCAGAGAUGAUGGUGUCCCAGCCAGGCUGCGGUUAUGCCAUUCUGCUGUGCACCUGGGACUCCGAGCAGCAACCCAUGAUUGAGGGAAGAGACAGCUCUUCCCCUAGCAGAGAGGCCCCUGUUCGAGAUGUUAUUCUCCACCAAACAUCUGGUCGGAUUCACAAUAAGAAUGUUUCCACUCAUCUGAUUGGUAGUAUUGGCCAAGGGUACUCCAGUGUGGGUAAUGGCUCGGGUCUCUUUGCCCUUUGUACGCUUGAUGGGACACUGAAACUCAUGGAAGGGGCAGACAAGCUGCUCUGGUCUGUGCAGGUUGAUCACCAGCUAUUUGCGCUGGAAAAGCUGGAUGUUACUGGCAAUGGACGUGAGGAGGUAAUUGCCUGUGCAUGGGAUGGCCAGACAUAUAUCAUCGACCACAAUCGCACAGUUGCCAGAUUUCAAGCAGAUGAGAAUGUCAGUGCAUUCUGUGCAGGCCUAUAUGCAUGCAAACAAGGAAGCAACAGUCCCUGCCUGGUUUAUGUCAGCUUCAAUCAGAAGAUCUACAUCUACUGGGAUGUGCAGCUGGAGAGAAUGGAGUCCACCAACCUUUUAAAAAUCCUGGAGAAUGACCCAGAGUUUGACAGUCUACUGCAGGAGCUGGGUGUAGAAAAAAGUGAUGUUUCUGCAAUCCAAGAUCUGAUUUACAAAACAUUGUAUUUUCCUGAGAAACUACAGCCUAACAGCUCUUUGCAGUGUCAGAAUCCUGGAACAGACUCCUCUGCCCACCACACUGUCAUCCAGAAUCCCUUACAAGAUUCAAGGUGAACAUCUGCCAUCCCAUUGGAAACUCUCUUCUGACUGGAACUGAGCAUUCACCCUGCAUGAUAGUAUUCUCAGCUUGUCUCUUCUCUCUCAGCUGAAUUUGGAUGGGAGUAAUAGACUCACCUGCUGUAUUACAUCCGUAUCUUCUCGCAUUUGUAUAAUGUUUUAUUGGGCAUGCGUGGAGCAGUCCCUUCACCAUUAUGGCAGCCUGAGAGGAUUGUGUAUGAGAUCAAAUAUUAUUAAUUUGGUGCUUUUGUGUUAGCAAAUGAUAACAUUUAAAGAUCUUGCAAGCUGCUUUUUGAAAGCUUUCUGUGCUAUGCUCUGCAAAAUAUCCAAGAGCUGUUCCUAACAGGGAGAAUGAAUUUUGUGUGGAGGAAAAGGAUAUCUUGCCAUUGGGUCAAAAAAUCUGUUGCUCUUGUGUGGGAGAACAGGACUUUUUACAUAAUAUUGCAGCUUGUUUUUUGUUUUGCAAUUUCCAUUUAUAAAUUAAUGAAAUAUUUAUAGAGAACAGCAUCAGUCCUCUGUAUCUUAUGGCUGUGAAAAUUGAAGCACAAAGCAAUAAACUGAUACAACCUGCUUUGUCACAGUGAGCACUCCUGUUACUUCUCAGCAUUCUUGCAUCUCUGACUACUCUGUAACUACACUGGAAGUUUUUCUCCAUUUUAAUGACCUCUCAGAAGUAUUUUUGCAUGCUCCCAUAUAAUACUAAGUGCUUGUGUAUAACUGGACUAAUGAGGCAAGAGCUCUGAAGUUGCAGUAGUGCUUUGGUACCAGUGUUGCUCAAACUAGUGGAAGUUUUGAGCAGCAUGGCUUGAAUUUGUUAUCUGUGGAGAGUUGACAGUGUAGGAACCACAUAUUAUGUAGAGGUGGGAUGAACAGGCUGGUUUCUUUGUACUCUGAGAUACGUUCCUAACCCUAUUGCUACUUGAUUUUAAUCUUCAGAAUUAGUGGACCUGACACAGGGACCACAGUGGAGCAGAGUUCUGCAACGCAGGUUGCUGAAAACAUGUAAUAAAACAACAGGCACGUGUGUCUUAGCAUGUGCUGUUCUAUCCCUAAAGCAAACUGCUGCUCUUCAUCUAUGAUGGGUUGUGUAUUUCCUCCUCAUACAUCCUUAAUUCUGUGGCCUCUGCCUCCUACACUGGGGACAUAAACAGGAUAAUUAUAAAUAACACCAAUGUCUGAGUUCUCACUCAUGGUUUGCACAAUCUGGCAUGUGUACAGCUUUGUAGGUAAUGGACUCUUAUUGUAUGUGCUUGUUGAAAAUGGAGCACUACCACAACUUGUGCCUACCGUGGCCCCACUUAACAUCUUGUUUGUCUUUAGUAAGGCAUGCUGUUUCCACAGAAGUACUCUUCUUGAUCCCAUGUUGGGAUCUCAGAUGUUCCUGCAACAAUUGCCUGGAACAUUUCAUUUGUGACUAGUUGAGCUAAUAUGUUAGCUGGUCCUACAGGCUAUUACUGCGCUAUUGCAUUAAAACUUCCCAACCCAUAACAGCAAAAGAAGAUUGUCUAUGCUCAUUAACAGAGAACAACUCUGUACUGGCAGUUUAUGCCAAAUAGGUAUCUUUCUUAGCAGCACAAGCACGAGGAGGGUACAAAUGGUUGUAUGACUGAAACUGAUUUAUGCAAAACAAUUUUGCUAUACAGGUCAAAUGAACAGAUAGUUCAAAUUGAUCUACUGUUGAGAUACUGAUUUUAUUUUAGUCAAAACAGGAAAGCAUUAAUGUAGAUGAAUGACAUUUUUCUAGGAACCAUCUUAAAAAGAAAAUAUGACAAAACACGUAAAUGUUGCAACUUGUGAAGCUUAGGGCUUUUCUCCUGUUGGAUAUCAUUGCUUUGUGCAGUGCAAGCUCAAGAAUGCUUCUUUGUGGAGAACAGAGGUCAGAAGGUAUGGACGCUGUGUAUCGUGGGUGUCCAACUUUUUUGCUUGCCUGGGCCAUUCUGCGUGAAUGGGAAUCAUCUUGUGCCACAUGUAAAAUAUGUAAUAAUGUAUAAAGUUUCAUAAUCAGACAUGAUAAAAUUUUUGAGCUGAAUAUUAGAUUGCAAUUGCAUACAAAAUUCACAGGUAGUGUAUUUAGAUUGAUUGAAAUGGAAUCCCAAAUACAAAAAUAAAAAAAGUUUGUUUUUCUUUAAUCUCAAAGCCUAUUCUCAAAUUCUUUUUUCAGAAAUGAAAGCAAGGCUGCAUAUUUCUCACUGCUCACAGGACUGUGUUUAAGCCAGCAUAUUAAAAUGCAUGAAAUUAUUUGAUGUAGCUUGAGCUUGCCAUAAUUUAAAUUUUAUUUCAAACACAGUCAUGUUGGAAACACAGCAGAUGAGAUCAUUUUCAUCUUGAAGCUGCAUGUUUAACUCAUUUAAGUGAGUGGCCAAAUCUGUCAAAAAUGCUAAAUCUGUAAGCCAUUUUUAAUCUUCACAUUCUGACACAAAUUUUCCUUCUGACUCCACAAAGGACUUAAUUUCAUUUCUCAAAUCAUAUAAUAUUUUUAGUGUUCUACCUUUACUUAGCCACCUGGCUUCAGAAAAGUUAAUGGUGUCCCUAUAAUCAGCAUUCUUACUUUUAAGGAUUUCCUGGAAUUGACGAUGAUUCAAUCCCGUAUUAUGAAAUACAGAGCUUUGAUGAUGUUUUUGAAUUAUAUUAUCAAUUUUUAAAGCUUUCUCACAUACAUUUUCUUAAUGUUUGAUGCAACAGUAUUUCAUUGUGUGAUUUUUCUUCUGGCAACUGCAUUAUUUUCUCUUAAUUUUGUAAGUCUCUUUUUUUUUUUACCAGCCAUUGGUAGGGUGCUAUCAGUAGCUUUAACAAAUAUGUUGACAAAGGUUAAAGAAAAUUACUUGAAUGUAUUUUUUACUGUUUCAUACAAAUGGGGAGAUGUAGUUGUGUCUUUUAAAGACACCAAAUUUUCUUAUAUUCACUUGGCUGUAGUCUGGCAAGACAAACUAAUUUCAGAAAAACCUGCUUUGGACAUAUUAUGUGUGCCGUGCUUUCCAUGCAUUGCUUAAUAAACUCUUCAGUAAAUGGUUUUAA